AUGACUAAUGUGACGCCAAGUAAAAGCGUAGAAUGGCUCCAACUCGAGUUGGAAUCCGGGGGAAGUUCGCUGCUUUUGUUGGACUGCCGAUCGCACGAACUUUAUGAAUCAUCCCACAUAGAAACGGCCAUCAAUUUGGCCAUACCAGGUUUGAUGCUGCGAAGGUUCAAGAAGGGCAACAUACCCAUCCGAACUAUCAUCCCGAACCACGAAGACAAGGAGAAAUUCGUUAGACGUUCUAAUACGGAUACAGUGAUUCUGUACGAUGAGUGCACUGUGGACUGGCAGGAUGGGGCCACUGGUUCGGUUCUGGGACUACUUCUUCAGAAACUAUGGGACGACGGCUGUAAAGCAUAUUACCUGGAAGGCAAGUUAAAUUUUUGCCAUAUUGUUUUUAAAGUUGUUUUGGGUAAUGUAUCCUAUUCCUUGUCUAAUCUAACUUUCCGGGCACUGUAUGUAUAAUAGGGUAAAAUAUAUUUUUAAGACAAACAGCUCAAAUUAAUCCAUCUUAAUUAUAUAGAUAGUAUUUAUAAUACAACUUCGUUUUGAAUGUACAUAAUUAUCUCUCAAACUUUGAGAAGUAGUGUGACUGAGUCUCAAGAAAAAUUCCAAAAUGGCUGCGCCAUGUUUUGCUACUGCAGGAAAAGGGCAUGUAUUUCGUGAAUGGUCUGCUGUGAAGGAGAGAACUAUUGCCAUACAGUUCUUAGUUAUAGUAUACAUAACAUGAAAUUGUUAUUUACUCAGCCCUAAUCACGUUAUUCAUGUUAUUCAUAGUAAUCAAAACAUAUUAUAGCCUAUUAUUUCAUUAGACCACAUGUCAGUUAUUAUGUCAACUCAAAUAAAUAAUAUUUAUUCCCAAUCUCUGUGCAGUUGUUACAGUUUGAAUAAUAAUUAUAUGAAUGUAAUGCUUGGCUGAGAUACAUAGGAUAACACAAUGAACACACACCAUUUUAUAACUCCUUGGUUCUUUUGAUCUUAGGGGGAUUUGUGAAGUUUCAGACCGAGUACUCAGAGCACUGUGAGACCCUCCUGGACAGCUGCUGUCCCAGCUCCUCUCCUCCGCUGUCUGUCCUAGGCUUUGGAAGUCUCCGGAUUAGUUCCGACCUCUCCGAUGGUGAGUCGGACCGCGAGCCGAGUAGCGCAACCGAGUCUGAGGAGAGCCCCCUUCCAAACAACCAACCUGCCUUCCCAGUCCAGAUCCUCCCCUACCUUUACCUGGGCUGUGCCAAAGACUCCACCAACCUAGAUGUGCUGGGCCAGUACAACAUCAAGUACAUCCUGAACGUCACGCCCAACCUCCCCAACAUGUUUGAACAUGACGGCCUCUUCAAGUACAAGCAGAUCCCCAUCUCGGACCACUGGAGUCAGAACCUGUCCCAGUUCUUUCCAGAGGCCAUAUCCUUCAUCGGUGAGUAGCCGACUAUGUGGGAGAGAACAUGAUAGAUCACAUUGUGUUCCAACAGUUAAUAUAUUUGGUGAACGAGGCAUAUAGGAAAUGACACACAGGCACACCUAGUAUAUGAUGUCCCGUGUAGCUCAGUUGGUAGGGCAUGUCGUGUGCAACGCCAGGGUUGUGCGUUCGAUUCCCACAAGUUGCUCUGGAUAAAAGUGUCUGCUAAAUUAUGUAAAUAUGAUACACUUCUGUUUAUUACAGUGAGAGAGGAAGUUGGUUGCUAGCCACCGAAUGUUCUUUUUGUAUUUUAGUCAUAUUUCGAUUCUGAUUUGAAUCAUUAUUAUCUCUCAGUUCCUGGAAUAUUCCCAGUGGCAUUGCUCAUUACUGAAACCCCCUUGUGUGAUGAAGCUAGGGUUUUUACUUAGAUUUUCACCUUCGGUAAUCAAUGUCCCGAUUCGACAUAACUUCUCAAAAAGAGAAAUGGAAUGAAGUCCCAUGCUACUGAGCGCUGACCUAGAGGAACUUCCUGGAUCAUUGUUAGUGUCGUAUGUCUGUUAUUUUAAGAUGGAAAACAAAUCUUUAAAAAACAACUUACUGAAACCCACAGCAGCACCUGAAACCUUCUUGUGCUAGUUGUGUUUCCAGGCUUGUUUUGCCCUAGUUUGUCGGUGGGGUUAGUGGUAGAAGAAGGAAACAUGGCUUCCACUCUCUGUGGCUGCCUGUGUUUGGUUAUCAGGUCAUGAGUCUGACUUUGACACAUCCUGGUUGUGGGUUAGGGUUAGGUUUAGUGCAGGGCGUUUCACCAUACUUGUUUGCUUACUUCUCUCGGCUCGAAAGAGGAUAUGUGGCCUGUUCUUGUGUAGAUUGAAGUGGAUGUUUACUGUAGAAAUAAUAAACCUCAAUGUCAAAGGCUUACAGCAGCACAUGAUGAAGUCUAGCUAGCUAAGUUGAAGACUGACAGCUCCGGCCAUCAGUAGUCUGCAUGUAGAACUGUCAUAAUAAAGCAGAGGAAGACCUUGGGUCAUGCUCUGGGGUGUCACAUAAAGUUAGCUUGAAUUAUGUAUACAGUAUUACACACUUCAAUAGCAACAUAAAUUAUGAAGAAUCGAAGAAUUAUGUUUUAAUGUGACUCCAUAAUAGAGGGUUGUGGAAUGGCUGCGAUUAGCUCACUAUUAAUAAUACUCCUUUUGAUGAAUGGAGAUGUGUCAUUCAACAAAGAUAAAGGUCUACUUACUGUCUCCCUUGAUCCUCAUGAGCAAACAAUAAGAAGUAGGCUUCUGUGUUGGGCCAUGUUACCUCUUCUGUGUUGGGUCAUGUUACCGCUUCUGUGUUGGGCCAUGUUACCUCUUCUGUGUUGGGCCAUGUUACCGCUUCUGUGUUGGGUCAUGUUAACGCUUCUGUGUUGGGUUAUGUUACCUCUUCUGUGUUGGGCCAUGUUACCUCUUCUGUGUUGGGUCAUGUUACCGCUUCUGUGUUGGGUUAUGUUACCUCUUCUGUGUUGGGCCAUGUUACCUCUUCUGUGUUGGGCCAUGUUACCUCUUCUGUGUUGGGUCAUGUUACCUCUUCUGUGUUGGGUCAUGUUACCGCUUCUGUGUUGGGUUAUGUUACCUCUUCUGUGUUGGGCCAUGUUACCUCUUCUGUGUUGGGUCAUGUUACCGCUUCUGUGUUGGGUCAUGUUACCGCUUCUGUGUUGGGUCAUGUUACCUCUUCUGUGUUGGGCCAUGUUACCUCUUCUGUGUUGGGCCAUGUUACCUCUUCUGUGUUGGGCCAUGUUACCUCUUCUGUGUUGGGCCAUGUUACCGCUUCUGUGUUGGGUCAUGUUACCUCUUCUGUGUUGGGCCAUGUUACCUCUUCUGUGUUGGGCCAUGUUACCGCUUCUGUGUUGGGUCAUGUUACCUCUUCUGUGUUGGGCCAUGGGGCGGCAGAUAGCUUAGUGGUUAAGAGCGUAGUGCCAGUAACCGAAAGGUCGCUGGUUCUAAUCCCCGAGCCGACUAGGUGAAAAAUCUGUCGAUGUGCCCUUGAGCAAGGCACUUAACCCUAAUUGCUCCUGUAAGUCGCUCUGGAUAAGAGCGUCUGCUAAAUGACUAAAAUGUAAAUGUAAAAUGUAAUGUUACCUCUUCUGUGUUGGGUCAUGUUACCUCUUCUGUGUUGGGUCAUGUUACCGCUUCUGUGUUGGGCCAUGUUACUGCUUCUGUGUUGGGCCAUGUUACCUCUUCUGUGUUGGGUCAUGUUACCUCUUCUGUGUUGGGCCAUGUUACUGCUUCUGUGUUGGGCCAUGUUACCUCUUCUGUGUUGGGCCAUGUUACUGCUUCUGUGUUGGGCCAUGUUACCUCUUCUGUGUUGGGCCAUGUUACUGCUUCUGUGUUGGGCCAUGUUACCUCUUCUGUGUUGGGCCAUGUUACUGCUUCUGUGUUGGGCCAUGUUACUGCUUCUGUGUUGGGCCAUGUUACCUCUUCUGUGUUGGGCCAUGUUACUGCUUCUGUGUUGGGCCAUGUUACCUCUUCUGUGUUGGGCCAUGUUACCUCUUCUGUGUUGGGCCAUGUUACUGCUUCUGUGUUGGGCCAUGUUACCUCUUCUGUGUUGGGCCAUGUUACUGCUUCUGUGUUGGGCCAUGUUACCUCUUCUGUGUUGGUCCUUAUGAACAUACAUGCGAGCCCUCAGACCCCACACCCUGAGUCUUAGGGCUUUGUGUGAUCUGAUCAUACAACCAGUGUUAUUUGACCCGUACUGACCUUAUUUCUCACUUGUACCUGUAGAUGAGGCUCGGUCCAAGCAGUGUGGCGUCCUGGUACACUGUCUGGCUGGCAUCAGCCGCUCUGUCACCGUGACCGUGGCCUACCUGAUGCAGAGGCUCAAUCUGUCACUCAACGACGCCUACGACUUUGUCAAGAGGAAGAAGUCCAACAUCUCCCCCAACUUCAACUUCAUGGGCCAGCUGCUGGACUUCGAGAGGACACUGGGGCUGCAUAGCCCGUGUGACAACCGCUCCUCGUCCAAUGAGCAGCUCUACUUCACCACGCCGACCAAUCGCAAUGUGUUCCAGCUGGACACGGUGGAGUCGACGUGA